UAUAUGUGCGCUUACAGUUGGACAUGCACUGGCAGGCACGUGCAAGCGCUGCUCAAACUGUUUGCGUGAAGGAGUUAAAGGCCAGGACGAUUGCCAAAAAUAUUUCCAGCUGAAUCAAAGUUUCUUGCCGUUGUUGUUGUUGAUGGUGGACCGCGUACAGUUAUCCGCUUGACUUGGUGCAGGGGCGGAAGCCCUAGUUGUGUUGCCCCCUUGUUCUUGUUGCUGUUGUCGCUGGAAAUCGUUAAAAAGCAUAGAAAAGUUGCGACUAUGUCACGAAUUGCCGUCGACUAAAAAAACAAAAACCAAACAAAAAAAAAAAAAAAAAAAGAAAUCGACUCACGCUUGAACAGCAAAGAGAGAACCGUAGAGCAAGUUACAGCCCAGUUGGCACUUAGGAUACGCAUGGACAAAGGCACAAUGAAGCGCAAGCAGCGUCGAUACAGAACCACAUUCAAUACACUGCAGCUGCAGGAGCUGGAACGCGCCUUCCAGCGCACUCACUAUCCGGACGUAUUCUUUCGCGAGGAGCUGGCCGUGCGCAUCGAGCUGACGGAGGCACGCGUCCAGGUCUGGUUCCAGAAUCGUCGAGCCAAAUGGCGCAAGCAGGAGAAGAUGGGCGGCGAGUAUGAGAAGGGCGCCGGUCUCGAGCUGGAUGUGGCGUUCGAUGAUAGCGCCGUGCUGGGCCAACUGGACAGCGCGCUGGCAGCUGGCGGUGGCACGUUGCUGCCAGAUACGCCGUCGCAGUCUUCCAAUUCGCUGGACAACGAGCUGAAGGCGCCCUUUGGCACCGGCUGUGUCUCGCCCUCCCGGCUGUCGCCCAACAUCUUUCUCAAUCUGAACAUUGAUCACUUGGGCCUGGAGCGUGGCGGCAGCGGCCUGUCCAUGGAGUGGUCCACCUACCCGCCGUCCACAACUACCGCGCAUACCACACACCAGCAUCAGCAGGAGCAGGAGCAGGAGCAACAGCAGCAGCAACAGCAGCAACAAUUGCAACAGCAGCAGCAGCAAUCGGAGCAGCAACAGGUCUGCACGCUGCAGCAUCAGGCGCUGGCUAGCGCCUUUGGCGCCUCUCUCGAUCUGGAUCUGAACGAUGGCUCCUCGGCCUACGAUGAGAUGAAGUUUCUCAGCGUGGAUCAGUUCACGAUCGACAGCUUCAAGGCGGACUGCAUACUCAGCAUGGAGCACAGCCUGGCGCUGGAUGACAAGCAGCAGCAGCAGCAGGAGCAGCCGCCGCAUUCGCUGACCAAUUCGACGCCCUUCGAGUCGCAGGACCAUGUUGCACUGCACUCGCUCUGCCUGGACGGCAUGGGCGUUGGUUUCGGCGGCCUCUCGCUGCUCUCCUCCCACGUUACGGACGUAGUGGCUGAAGCCGCGCCCAAGUCGCCGCCAUCGCUGCUGGUGCUGGACAAGACGCUGCCCUCGCUGAGCAUCGGUGUGGAUGGCAUCAGUGAGCUGGUGGAGCAGCUUCAGCAGCAUCAGCAACAGCACCAACACCAACACCUACAUCAGCACCAAAGCCAACACCAGCAUCAUCAUCAUCCGCAUCAGGAUGUUGGUGUUGCCGGCAGCAAUAUAGUCUAAUCGCGAAAUUUGGAUUAACUUAGGCGAAUUCACUAUCCAUAGUUCAUGUUGUAUGAGUCUAGCUAUAAUUUUUGGAUC